ACGCGGCGGUGACGCGCGGCGGCGGGCGAUGACGCGCGCGGACGAUGGGGCAGGCGCUGUGCGUCUGUUCCCGCGGCACCGUCAGCCUGGGGGGUGCGCGGUACCUCCUGCUGCAGCGCCUGGCCGAGGGGGGCUUCAGCUACGUGGACCUGGUGGAGGGGCUGCGGGACGGGCGCUUCUACGCGCUGAAGCGCAUCCUGUGCCACGACAAGGAGGACCGGCAGGCCGCCCUGCGCGAAGUGGAGAUGCACAACCUCUUCCAACACCCCAACAUUCUGCGCCUGGAGGCCCACUGCCUGGUGGAGAAGGGUGCCAAGCACGAGGCCUGGCUGCUCCUGCCCUACGUGAAGGGGGGGACCCUGUGGAGCGAGGUGGAAGCGCUGCGGGAGAAAGGAAGCUUCAUGCCAGAGCAGCGCAUCCUUCUUAUCCUCCACGGCAUCUGCAGCGGGCUGCAGGCCAUUCACAGCAAGGGCUACGCACACAGGGACCUCAAGCCCACCAAUGUGCUGCUGGAUGAGGAUGACCAGCCUAUUCUGAUGGACCUGGGCUCCAUGAACCGGGCCCGCAUGGAAGUCACCAACUCUCGGGAGGCCAUGGCUGUGCAGGACUGGGCUGCCCAGCGCUGCACUAUCUCCUACCGUGCCCCUGAGCUCUUCACGGUGCCCAGCCAGUGCGUCAUUGAUGAGCGCACGGAUAUUUGGUCUCUAGGCUGUGUGCUAUACUGCAUGAUGUUCGGGGAGGGCCCCUACGAUGCCAUCUUUCAGAAGGGUGACAGCGUGGCCCUGGCGGUGCAGAACCCCAUCACCAUCCCCACAACUUCCAGGUACUCGGCUGCCUUGCACCGCUUGCUCUCCUCCAUGAUGACAGUGAACCCCCAGGAGCGGCCCAACAUCGAGGACAUCCUACAGCAGCUGGAGGGGCUGCAGGCUAUGCCAGCCGGCCAGGUCACCACGAGUAUCUGAGUGUGGCCCAUUGCUGGCCUAGGCUGUAUCGGGCUGCCCUGGGCCUGCUUCCCCCUAGGGCUGCUCCUGAGGGGAUUUCUGCACCCCGGGG